UCGUAAGGUGUCUCUCGGUGCCACAAAUUUUAAACGGCCUAGAAGGGACCCGUUUGAAUUACGAGAGAGUCUUUAAUGGGGAUGCCCCUGUGAGGGUUUACAGUUAAAUUUAUUGCAUUUGCAUCACUAAGACUUCCAUUUCACAGUUGGAAAAGAGGAUAGAAGAGAUCAGAAGAGUUGUUUUUUCAGUUCAUCAAGUUUCUGGAGAUAAGUGCUUAAUAAUCAGAGACAAUUACAACAGAUUAGAUGGCAACUCUUGGAGAUAUUGGGCUUGCAGCAGCCAUUAACAUUCUUGCAGCGAUUGUAUUCUUAUUGGCAUUUGCAAUUCUUAGAUUGCAACCAUUUAAUGAUAGGGUGUACUUUCCAAAAUGGUAUUUGAAAAAGGCAAGGGAUGACCCCACAAGCACAGGGGCAUUAAUUGGAAAAUUUGUCAAUUUGAAUUAUAAAACAUAUUUCAAAUUUUUCAGCUGGAUACCCGAUGCUUUGAAAAUGCCCGAGGACGAGCUUAUUGAUCAUGCAGGUUUAGACUCUGCAGUUUACCUUCGGAUAUACAUAGUUGGUUUGAAAAUUUUUAUUCCCUUGACAAUCCUUGCUUUCGUGGUUCUUGUUCCAGUUAAUGCCACAAAGGGGACAGUACAUGACAUUGAUAAACUUUCAAUGUCAAAUGUUGAAUCGGGUUCUCAGAGGUUUUGGGCCCAUAUAGUCAUGGCAUACGUAUUUGCAAUAUGGACAUGCUAUGUGCUUUACACAGAAUAUGAAACUAUAGCGACCAUGCGACUAAGUUUUCUUGAAUCAGAACACCGCCGUCCAGAUCAAUACACUGUGUUGGUUAGAAAUGUGCCCCCAGAUCCCGAUGAAUCAAUAAGUGAGCACAUCGAACAUUUUUUCCGUGUUAAUUACCCUGAGCACUAUCUCACAAAUCAGGUUAUUUACAAUGCCAAUAAGCUAGCAAAGCUAGUAGAGAAGAAAGAGAGUUUGCAAGAUUGGUUGACUUACAAUCAAAACAAGUAUGAUAGAAAUCCAGAAAAGAGGCCAACUACAAAGAUAGGGUUUCUUGGACUUUGGGGCGAAAGGGUGGAUGCACUUAACUUUUAUACAACAAAGAUGGAUGCAUUGAAAAAGGAAGUAGCAGAGGAAAGAGAAAGAGUGCUCAAAGACCGUAAAUGUAUUAUGCCAGUGGCAUUUGUUUCAUUCAGAUCACGCUGGGGAGCAGCAGUUUGUGCUCAAACACAACAGUGCAAAAAUCCUACAAUAUGGUUAACAGAGUGGGCCCCAGAGCCUCGAGAUGUCUUCUGGAACAAUCUAGCAAUUCCAUUUGUUGAACUAACUGUUCGGAGAUUGCUGAUAUCUGUUGCAGUUUUCUUCCUUGUAUUUUUCUUCAUGAUCCCUAUUACAUUUGUGCAGUCAUUAGCUAACAUUGAAGGGAUAGAGAAAGCUGUUCCCUUCCUGAAACCACUUAUUGAAGUGAAAGUCAUAAAAUCAUUCAUUCAAGGCUUUCUACCAGGACUGGCAUUAAAGAUUUUUCUUAUUUUUCUUCCAUCAAUCUUGAUGUUCAUGUCAAAAGUGGAAGGCCAUACAUCAUUGUCAGCACUUGAGAUAAACUCAGCAAAAAAGUAUUAUUACUUUAUUCUGGUGAAUGUGUUUCUUGGCAGUAUAAUUGCUGGAACAGCAUUUGAGCAACUUAAAACAUUUAUUCAUCAAUCUGCAACAGAGAUUCCCAAAACGAUAGGAGAGACAAUACCAAAGAAAGCAACUUUUUUUAUCACAUAUAUCAUGGUUGAUGGAUGGGCUGGUAUUGCCGGAGAGGUUCUACGAUUAAAGCCUUUAAUCGUCUUUCAUAUAAAGAACAUGCUUCUGGUGAAAACUGAAAAGGAUAGGGAAAAAGCUAUGGAUCCAGGCAGUGUGGGAUUCGACCAGGCACUUCCUACAUUGCAGUUAUACUUUUUGUUGGGGCUUGUGUAUGCAGUGAUUACACCAAUACUUCUUCUUUUCAUUGUCUUCUACUUUGGGUUUGCAUAUCUUAUUUUCCGACAUCAGGUGAUUAAUGUCUAUAAUCAAGAAUAUGAAAGUGCAGCAGCAUUUUGGCCCCAUGUUCAUUCUCGUAUAAUUGCUGGCUUAGUAAUUUCACAAAUACUACUACUGGGCUUGUUGAGCACAAGAGCAGCAGGCCAGAUGACACCUGUACUUAUUGCCCUGCCAAUACUUACAAUUUGGUUUCAUAAGUUCUGCAAACAUCGUUUUGAGCCUGCUUUCCGAAGAUAUCCAAUAGAGGAAGCCACAAUCAAGGACACCUUGGAGCGGGUGAAUGAACCAAACCUAAACCUUAAAGAAUAUCUCUGUAAUGCUUACAUGCAUCCUGUGUUUAAGACGGAUGAGGAUAGUGAUGAUGAUGGCUCUGAAACUGAGAACUGGAAGGAUGAUGACAGUUUGGUUCCUACGAAGCGUCAGUCACAACUUGGUACACCUAAGACCAGUAAAAAUCUUUCAACUGGCACACGAACUGAUUGUGCAUUAGACAUUUAAAUUCUGAACUACUGGAUGAUGGGUUCAACAUGCAGAGUUUUAAUGAGCCUAAACAUAAAUGGAGUCUGAUUGUAAGAGAUGCAUACUUCCAGGGCCUAUGAAGCUUAAGGUGUGUGGUUGGUGUUAAGAGUAAGACCAAUGGAUUAGGAUGGGGCUGUGAUGCUUUGGCACGGUUACUUUUUAAUUCUAUUUUCAGCUCAAUGGUAUAUUAUUUCACUGGAAUGCUCUUUGUGCAUUAGAAGUUUCAGUUCUGAACUACUGGAUGACGGGUUGGUUCAAUGUGCAGAGGUUUAAUGACCCUAAACAUAAUGGAGUCUGAUUGUAAGAGAUGCAUGCUUCCAGGUCCUAUGAAGUUUACAGUGUAUAGGUGGUUUGAAGAGUAAGACCAAAGGGCUAGGAUGGGGUUGUGAUGCUUUGGCUUUUCAGCUCAAAAUUGUAUAUAUAUAUAUAUAUUAAAAUUAUUUAUUAUUCUUUUA